UGCUUCGCGAGUGCGCUUGAAGCCGGUACCCCCGUCAAACAACAACCAGUCGGCGAAAGCCUCCUAGAGCCGAGCCGAGAGUUUCGGUGUGCUGUUACAGGUUAACCAGCCGCACAUGCGCCGAUGCUGUGGGACCACUGUCACGGUUGCCCGCAUGCAUGUCACACGGAGGAGGAUUACAUUGUGGCAGGGCCUUCACAGGCUGGCUGCCUCGCCCGGUCACCGGUUCCCGGCGCUCCACUGCAGCUUUCGGCUUCCGACUUGUGCCCCGUCGUCGGCACCCCCGAUAGCCAGUCGAGGCCUACAACCCCGGGGCUUCCCAUUUCAAAAGUGGUCGGCGACCGGCCGCAGAGAUCGCCGAUGAUGCCCGUCACGUACGUCGGCGGCCGGAAUGGAUAUGCGAGGACCCCAACGGGGAAUGCCGAGUCUAUGUCACGGAAUGCGGUCGACCAGUACCCGAGCGAUACGAUACGAUACGUUUGCAGUUGGGCCUGCCGUGGCCUCCUCCAAAUGCCUUCAGGCGUUUGGCGUUCUUCAUUUUUGCCCUUCUCUUCCACCAGGCAGAGAGGGGCAUGUUCCUUACAGUGCCGAUCAAUAUCGAGAGGCUGGAUUCAGCUUCAGCAGUUGAAUUACGUUCCGUUGUUCUAGCAGAUGAGUAACCGCCUAGUCCUGCUAUUGUCGAAGAAGAGCGGCCGGCUCGCGUUGUUACAAAAGAGCAGUCCCCUUCCGGGGAAAAAAAAGUCAGGCACACAAAAAGCGGCAUGGGCCACAUCGCCA